AUGGCGGCGGGCGCGCUCAGCGGCCUGGUCGCGGUGCUGGAGACCUACCGCGGCCGCGACCGGGUGGUCCGCGCUCUCUGCUAUGGCUGUCAGCUGGCGGGCGGGGCGCUGGCCGGGCCGCAGGCCCCGCCAUCCGGGCUGCCCGGGAGCCUCCUGGCCGUGUCGGCCCAGCUGAGCGCCUGCCGCACGGCCCUGCGCCUCUUCGACGACUUCGCCAUGCUCAGCUACAGCUGCGGCUAUGGGCUGGGCCCCAAGGAUGAGGACGGCCUGGUGCGGGGGCUGUCGGUGCUCUGCAACCUGGCCAGCCAGCUCUACUACCCCUGCGAGCACGUCGCGUGGGCGGCUGACGCCGGCAUCAUCCGCGUCGGCUCUCAGAAGUGGUGGACUCUGAGCACAGCGCUCUGGGCCUUCUCCCUGCUCCUGGGCAUCCUGCGAUCCCUGAGAAUCUUGUUCCAGUUAAGAAGAAAGCUGAGGCAGCACAAUACGUCUUCGCCUCUGAGUCGAAAGGAAACAAAAGCCCAAGUGAAGGCUGAAGUUCUGAGCAUCCUCACAGACGUGGCAGAUCUCUCCAACGCAAUCCACUGGCUGCCUCCGGGAUUUCUUUGGGCUGGACGCUUUCCUCCAUGGUUAGUAGGUCUCCUGGGGACCAUAUCUUCCCUGAUUGGUAUCUACCAAGCAUCUAGAGGAGGACAUUCUGAAGCUGUAUAAUAAUUAAGCUUCAGGAGCCCAAUUUGUAUAUGGUAAAAAUGCCUUUAGUGAGGCAGGGUGUAUUUUAACUUUCCUGGGUGUUGAUGAUUGUAAUUCCACGCAUCCUGUAAUUGGGACUAGUCAAGAUGCCUGUUACGGGGAGGAUUGUUUGCGGUUAACAAUUUUUAUCGCUCUUCAUCAGAGAAAUCUUUCAGGCGAAUCCUCUGAAGAUCAAGAAAUCUCCUAGGAUUGGUAAAAUAGAGGGGAAAAAAGUCACUUCCAUCCUUCCUUCCUCUGUCCCAAAAGACAAACGCAACCCUCCAGUCUUCGCUGUCACUUAAAAGAGCACACAGUGGGCGUUAGGCGGAGAAACGGCCACGGUUCUGUCACACAGAACUUCUAAGGGACGGAUCCUGCGAGUGGUGCCUCGUCUGCACCAGGGAGGUGACCCGCAUCGUGAAAGUUUCUCCGUCAGAUGUUUUGCUGUUUGAGCCCAGAGUGGAUCCCCCAAACGCAAACAGGAGCAAAUGGCUGAGGGAGGUUGUUGGGUUAUUUUGUUUGCGACGGUUGUGUUUCUUUAGAAGAAAAUAGCAGCUGUAAGCAGUGC